GUUGCAAGGAGGCACGGACACGGGGCUCAGGAGGAGUGGCGCGCCGCUGGCUCACCUGGACCUGGCGACCCUUCCCGGUUCCUGGCGGUGGUCGUGCAGUCACGAGGCCUGAGGACGCGCGGCGGUGCGGGGUGAGCCACUGAAAGGGCUGAAGCAGAACCGCCGUGUUGAAAUGCCCGGUGUUGAAAGCCGGAGUUCACCGCACUCCGUCCUGAAGGAAGGAGGCUGAGUGUCUGCAGCACUUGCUCCCUGCGCGUGACCGAGCAGCCUGUCUUCCCUUAUGAUAAAAGCCGCAUUUGGCUGAUGAGCAAAGUGACGAGGUCGCCGAGUGAGACUGAGGACAUCUGGAAAACGGAGGAGGAUGACAUGACGGAAGGUGACCUAGGGUAUGGCCUCGGAGGAAGACCCGGCGGGAUUUAUGAAGUUUCCUGUUCCAUUACAUCUAAGAAAAGGUCAGAUGGAAGGAACCUGAGCCCCCCUCCGUUUCCAAGAAAGGGGGAAGAAAGAAGCGGAACCAGUUUUCAGUAUUCCGGGACUGAGGGCUUGCGGGAUACGUGCGCUCACGGUCGCAGAGCGUCCGGCUACAGGCGGCAGAGCAGCGCUGAUUCUAACUCAGAAUUGUCAAAUGAACAAUUAAGGCAGCGUCUUCAUGAAACUUUAGAGGAAGUAGAGAUUUUAAAAACUGAACUUGAAGCCUCUCAAAGACAACUUGAAGGUAAAGAGGAAGCAUUGAAAAUCCUUCAAAGCAUGGCAGUGCUUGACAAGGCCACAAGUCACACACAGACAGUGCUUCAAAAAACCAUAGAACAAAAGAGAUCUCUGGAGAAGGAAAUAAAUGCCUUGCAGUGGGAAAUGGAAUUUGAUCAGGAUAGAUUUAAAAAUAUAGAGGAAUCGUGGAUCCAAAAAUAUGACAGACUAAGCUGUGACAAUGCUGUCCUCAGAGAGAAUCUGAAGGUGAAAACAGAAGAAAUUAAAAUGCUCAAGUCUGAAAAUUCUGUUUUGAACCAGCGGUAUUUGGAGACCCUUGCCAUGCUUGAUAUCAAACAGCAGAAGGUGGCUCGCGAGAACAUGGCUCAGGAGGCCAGUGCCUUUACAGAGGUAUCCGGACUCGAGCUUGCAGUCCUUGGCGCCUGCCUGUGUCGCGGUCCUGGAGGGAACCCCUGUUCUUGUGCCAAAAUGGCAGCAUCCACUCGGAAACUGGUUCUUCAGCUCAGACAUGAGCUGGAAAUUCUGCAGAAAAGUAAGGAAGAGGCUCAUAUAAUGGCAGAUGCGUUCAGAAUUGCUUUUGAACAACAGUUAACGAGGAAAAACGACCAGGCGCUGAGACUGGCACACGCGGAGAAGUGUAGACGAGCAGCAGUGUGGACCAACAGGCAGCACCUGAAAGACGAGGGAUAUGCGUCCCAAAGGAGAAAGAAGACCUUAGGGCAGCGACUGCUGGGGAUGCUCCCUUCAGAAAACAGUUCGAAGAGGACUGAAGACCAAGACAGCCCACAAGAAGUCCUUAAGAUGCUAGUAGACUUGUUGAAUGACAAAGAAGAAGCACUGGCUCAUCAAAGAAAGGUCAGUUACAUGCUUGCUCGGGCACUGGAAGACAAAGACAUUACUGCCAAGAAGAAUAAGGACAAAAUUCCCAUGAACCAGAAAUCCCCAUUCACAGCCCCCUGGCAGGAAGCUUCAGGACCCUGUGUUUUGUGUGAUCCAGCACACUCAAAUGUCCAUGUUUCUGAUCCUGUGGGUUGUAUUUGUUCAGUCCACCAUCCCCAGAGAGAUUCAGACUGCUCAAGGACUCUUAAAAGAUCCCAUUCUUUGCCAUCAAAUAUAUUUGAGAAAUAAACCAGUUGGAAUCAGAAUUAGAGCUGUUAAAAAUUAGGUUCUGGAGCUGGAAAUGUAUCUCAGAGGUAGGACACUUGGUCAGUGUGCAUAAGGCCUUGGGUUUAGCACAUGGUGGUGCACACCUUCAAUCCCAGCACUCAGGAAGCAGAGGCAGGCAAUCUGACUCUGAGUCCAGCCUGAUCUACAGAGCAAGUUCCAGAACAGCCAGGGCUCCACAGAGAAACCUUGUCUUGAAAAACCAACCAAACAACCAAACAAACAAAAAACCAAAAAGACCUCAGGUUUGAUGUUCAGCACUGCAAAGACUUCAAAAGACAACCCAGGGUAUGGAGGAUCCUAACUUAUAAAUCCCAGCACUUGGGAGCCUGAGGCAAAAAUAUGAUGGAGGAGGGUCAUCUGUCUAUUGGUUAAUAAAGAAACUGCCUUGGCCCUUUAAUAGGACAGAAAAUUAGGUAGGUGGAGUAGACAGAACAGAAUGCUGGGAGAAAGAAGCCGAGUCAGGCAGUCGCCAUGAUUCUCCCACCUGAGACAGACACAGGUUAAGAUCUUUUCUGGUAAGCCACACUUUGUGGUGCUACACAGAUUAUUAAAUAUGGGUGAGAAUUAGCCAGUAAGAGGCUGGAACUAAUGGGCCAGGCAGUAUUUAAAAGCAGUAAGUUCGUUGUGAUAUCUUAAUACAUGUAUUAACAAUGUAUGUGUUUAACCACAUCCCUCCCUUUUAGUUUUAGGAUGCAGCUUAAGUACUCAAACCUUUAACACGUGUUCUAUAAGAAAUGUAUUAGUACUGUACUCUAUAUGUACUAUGUUGACAUUUUAUUUAUAAAGUGCUUUUCAUAUUGACAGUUUCAAUGACAAGUAUUCUUGGGAAAAAUUCAGUUAUUUGUGGAGCUGGGGAGAUAGCUCAGUCGGUGCAGUGUUCCCUUGUUAGCAUGAGGCUGAGUCCGAUCCUCAGCAGUCACAGGAAAAGCCAGGUGCAGUGGAGCACACCUGAACACUGGAGAUGCAGAGGCAGGUGGAUGCCUGAGGAUUCCAGACCAGCCAGACCAGCCAGCCCAGCCUAAUAGGAGAGCCCCAGACUCUAGCAAGAGACCCGCCUCAAAAAAAAGGUGGACAAAACCCAAGGUUGACUUCUGGUGAGCACAUGCAUACACAUGUGUAUACACACACACACACACACACACACACAAUUACCGACUGAUGAAGUAAUUUUUCUGUUGGGUGUGGUGGUACAUCUCUGUAAACCCAACACUCAAGAGGCUUCAGGCUUGCAAGUAUUAGGAAAGCCUGGAUGCAACCCAGCAAUAAAA